ACUUUCUGAAACACUUAUCAGUGUCGAUAGGGAUAUUGCUUCUCUGAGUUGUAAUAUGAGUAAAGCAAAAGUCUCUUUGUCUAGGUUAGGAUAUUGGCUGCAGUAGAGACAUAGUGGUAGCUAUUUUCUUUACUGUAAUGGCAAUAAUAGUAGUAUAUGGAGACCUGUGAGCUGAAAAGCUAAAUCCAAACACCAGGCAUUUCAACACCCAGUGAGGCAAAUCGAGCUGAUAUGUCUUCUAAGCAAGGAACUUGUUAUACUAUAAUCUAUGUUGGACCCAGUAGUGAACUCUAAGCUUAAAAAAUUACUUCCAUUUCUUCCAACCACAAAGACAUAACCUAUUUAUACAAUGAAACAUACAUCUUGAAUACUACUUGAACAAGCAAGAGCAGCCAAGAUGACUAGUUCAUGUUUUGCUUGCUACAUUGUGUGUGUAUCUGUGAUCUUCUGUUUCUGCACUAUAAUCUCCUUAGCAGAUUCCGAUAAUCUCCAGGAUACAUGCCCGACAUCCUCGCUAGAAAAACAAACCUUCUUCAUCAAUGGCUUCCCUUGCAAGAAUCCAAACAACAUCAGCGCCCCAGAUUUCAAGACUUCUAAACUGAUCCAACCGGGGGACACAGACAACUUCUUUGGCUCUGCGGUGAACCUUCUCACUGCCGCUGAGUUUCCAGGCCUAAACACACUUGGCCUCUCAAUUGCAAGAACUGACUUGAGAGUUGAUGGUCUGGUGAGGCUUCACUCCCACCCAAGAGCUUCUGAAAUGUUCUUUGUCAGCAAAGGCAUUGUGCUAGCAGGGUUCAUCGACACACUAAACCAGCCAUUCCAGACGAUUCUCAAGGAAGGAGAUGUGUUUGUGUUUCCCAGGGGUCUGCUUCACUUUUGUUUGAAUGCUGGUUAUGACAUUGCCACUGGUUUAUCAGUGUUUAAUAGCCAGAAUCCAGGGGUGGUGAGCAUUUCUGAUGCCAUGUUUGAGCCCAAGCCGGAUCUGAUAAAGAAGCUUACAAAGGGCACCGUCACUGGUCACCUUAGAAAUGCCACUCCAAGUGAAUUUUCAAGUUUUUGACAGGCAGUCAUUCAGAUUUAUCUGAUGAAGAUAACUAGAUCUGUGUGCAUUACAAUAUUACCAGUAGUUGAUGAUAUCAUAAUGUCUGUUUUAAUGUAAAUUACAAUCUGUGUGCAUUACAAUCUGCUAUUGUA